AAAACCGGCAGUUUGUUUGCCGUGAAACACAUGUAAAUUUGUUAAUUUGAUAACAUUUUUUAUCUGAAAUGGAGGACGAAGAACAGUAUGAGGAGCAAACGUUCGUGGAAUGUUAUGAUCCUGUUGCUAUCGUGCUGUCUAGUAUUCAUCACGAUACGGAAAACCUCACCGAACAACUACGAAAAUGUGCGGUUACUUACGACCAAUUAAGUGGCCUCGUAGAGGAAGACUUGCGACUGAUGGGAAUGACGAACAGCAAGGCGAUUCAAGACGUAUUGAGUGAAGUAUCGCAGCUCUCCAACCAAAGGCGGCUCUAUGAUGGUGUUUUGCGCGAUGAAUUUGUACCAGAGGAGUACGUACAGACUGUGAGUACAAACUGCACCGCACAUCUGCGAUCGAUCAAUGUUAUGAUGAACCUCAUACAGUUGAAGCUUUUCAUUAACUUCCCCAAUAAUUUGUUGCUCGAUGACACCAUUUACUCAUCGGAAUGGUGUCUUAAGCUUUGCGAGAAAAUCAACGCCAAGCUAGGUGACAUCGAAAGGGUAGUAAAGGAAGAAGAUAAGCGCAAAACAAAGAAGACGUUUGUUAGAAAAGUAGGGUUUUCUAUUAUGCUACUAUCAGGUGCUAUAGUAUUUACCUUUUGUUGCAAAAAUAGUAUCUCAAAACUCAUGGGCUAAAAUGCAUUCCGGGAGAUAAAUUGUGUUGGAAGCAGUCUUGUUUCACCUUUAUUGCAUUAAAGUAGAUGUGUACAAAUGUAUUGCAGGUAUAAAAAUAAAAUGUUUGCUUUAUGAACUU